UACCAUGGUCCCACCAAAACCAAAAUAAAUAAAUCAAGACUUUCAAACCACAAAAAAUUAAAUUAAGAAUCAAAAGAAAUCAAUGAAUCCAUAUUCACAGAAACUUCUCCCGUCCCAUCAAAUGAAUGAAGGUUCCCCAAACGAACCCAACAACUCAAACCCAAACGCAACUCUUCCAAAUCCUCACCGUCCAAACAACCAAUCCAACGGCUAACAACCCCCUCACCACCUGAAGCUUAAAGAACUCUCCAAGAAACAAACACACUCAACUCACACACAAUACCUUGACUCAAAUUCCAACUUCCUCCCAUCCUUCCUCCCAACUUCCUUCAUUUCUCUUCAUAUAUAUAUAUAUAUAUAUAUGAAUGUAUAUUCACACUACUACAAGCUCUCAAACACUUGUUAAUGGACUCCUCCCUCUUCUUCUCCCUCUCUACUUCACCAUUACCAUCACCAUCUCAAGCUCUUCAAGCUUCAUCAAUGAUAACAUCAAUGGAAACUCAAGAUAUAAGUGUUUCAGACUACUUCAGUGACAACACUGAAGUAGAGUACAUAAAGUCAAAUACCAUUUGUAACCUUAUAAGCUUUUCAUGUGAAGAAGAAGAAGAAGAAGAAGAGAAGGAGAAGGAGAGGAGAUAUAGAGGAGUGAGACAAAGGCCAUGGGGGAAGUAUGCUGCGGAGAUACGUGACCCAAAGAGAAGAGGGUGUAGAGUUUGGUUAGGGACUUAUGAUAGUGCUGUGGAGGCUGCCAGGGCUUAUGAUAAGGCAGCGUUUGAGAUGAGAGGGAGGAAGGCUAUACUUAACUUUCCUAAUGAGUUUGGGUGCUCGUCGGAGUGGGUGGAGGUGUCGCCGGAGCCGGAGAAGAAGAGGAGGAAGGUGGAGAUGGAGGUGGUGGUGAAGAAGGAGGAGGUGGGGGAUGAGUGGGAUAGUGUUUGGGAGAGUUUGGGACCUCUUUCACCUUUAUCUGAGAUUAUGGCUGCUAUUUAGCUUGAUGAACGGUUGAGAUAUUUUGAUUUUUUUUUUUUAAAUUUAGUUAUUAUUUUAUUAUUCUUUUAUAUGGAAAUUAAAUAUAGAUAAGGUUGGAUUUUUUAUUUUUUAUUUUUGGUGGUGAAGAAAAAAAGCAGCUAAGCUGCUUAUAUAAUGCAGGGCUUAGGCUGAGAUAAGGUUGGAUUUGAUUAUGUAAAAUUAUAGUGUAUGGAUAUUGUUGUUGUGAAUUGUAAUUUGUGAAAUAAUUCAAUACUUGUUUUAUUUUAA